AUGAAAUGGAUUGUUUAUUCUCUUGCCCUACAGACCUCCGGGGCAAUCGCUUUGGUUGUUGAGUCAUUCAAGGUAGCUCAGAUGCUAGAUGGGGCAAAUACACCUGUGGGAGAACCAAUCGGAAUCAUGCUCAAUCCAGGAAUACUACAAGUUGUUGCUCAGCUUGUUGUCCUUCUGACUGGUGGCACGUGCGCACCCAUCGAGCCCUGUUUUCCCAAACGCCGCAUCAAGCCGAUGCUACAAGACAUCCAAGAUAAGCACGUCAUCAUGGAUACACGUGGAGCCCUAAAGCUUUGUGGGUUCAAUCACAUCUACCUCCGCAACCUUGGAAAACAUUCGACUUUAAUCAUUUCCAAUGUAGAGUUUGUCCGUUUGCCGAACCGAAGCCACAAACUCUUUACUUCUGGGUCGACCGGAAAACUGAAGCCGGUUUCGGUCCAUGCAAGUAGCAUCCUUCAUCUUGCCACAAAGACCCCGGCGACACUACUCCUGUUCGAGAUAUGGGUCACUCUCACUGCCGGUGCUACGGUCGUGGAGCACAAUGUGGCAACGAUCAUCAUGACUGCAGCGCUAUUUGGGGCUAUUGUUUUUGCUUUGCCUACAGCAUUUCACUCGCUACAAAUCGGCCCACAGCAUUUGUGGAACGCAUAUGGGCCUGCUGAGUGUACUACCCUGGCAACUACGUUCGAGGUAACACUUGAAGAAACUCACUGUGAGCGUAUUAGCAUUGGAAUGUCCGUGGGAGAUAUGAAGAUAUUCCUACUAGACAAAAAUCGGGAGCCAAUUGUUGACUAUGGGAAAUGCGGGGAGAUACGCAUCGGAGGUCCUCAGCAAUCCCCUAGAUAUUUAGAUCGGCCGUCGCAGGAUGCAAAAUCCUUUAUUCACCUAGGUGACCUAGGUGCAUGGCGAUCUGACUCAGGCUGUGUCGACUCUCUGGGUAGAUCAGAUACACAAAUCAAAUACCGUGGUUUCCGAGCGGUGGUGGUUAUUCGACAACCCCCACCUUCAGCUCGCGGAAUGGAAGCAUUAGUGGCCUUCAUUAAGCAGGACAAAAAGUCAAUUCUUUAUGACUUAUGCAAGGAGAUUUUGGAUAUACUGCAACUCCAAGAAGAUGAUGAUUUGUUUGCUUUAGGAGCUACAUCAACCUAA